GCAGCUCCAGCCCCAGCCAAGAGUGCAGCUCAGCUGAAGAAGGAGGCAAAGAAAAGGGAGAAACUGGAGAAGUUCCAACAGAAACAGGAGAAGAUGAAGGAGAAACAGGCUCCGCCCACCCGCCGGCAGCGCCGCCCCCCUGGGGUAGUGACCUAUGACCUGGAGACCCCCCCGGGGCAGAAGAAAGACGUGUCGGUGCCGCUGCCCCCGUCCUACAGCCCCAGGUAUGUGGAGGCCUCUUGGUACAGCUGGUGGGAGCAGCAGGGGUUCUUCAAGCCGGAGUAUGGGAGGUCCCGUGUGUCGGAGCCCAACCCUCGGGGGGUGUUCAUGAUGUGUGUCCCCCCCCCCAACGUCACUGGAGUUCUGCACCUGGGCCAUGCACUGACCAGCGCCAUCCAGGACAGCCUCACGCGCUGGCACCGCAUGCGGGGGCUGACCACCCUAUGGAACCCAGGCUGUGACCACGCUGGCAUCGCCACCCAGGUGGUGGUCGAGCGCCGGCUCUGGCGCCAGCAGCAGCUCACCAGGCACCAGCUGGGACGGGAGAGGUUCCUGCAGGAGGUGUGGGCCUGGAAGCAGGAGAAGGGCGACCGCAUCUAUCAGCAGCUCCGGCAGUUGGGGGCCUCCAUGGACUGGGAUCGAGCCUGUUUCACCAUGGACCCUAAGAUGAGCCGCGCUGUGUGUGAGGCCUUCGUGCGGCUCCAUGACCAGGGGCUCAUCUACCGCAGCACCCGCAUGGUGCACUGGAGCUGUGCCCUGCGCUCGGCCAUCUCCGACAUCGAGGUAGACAAGCGCGAGCUCUCUGGCCGGACGCUGCUUCGGGUUCCAGGCUAUGGGGAACCAGUGGAGUUUGGGGUCCUGGUGUCCUUUGCCUACCCCCUGGAGGGCAGCGGGGGGGGGCAGGAGGUGGUCGUGGCCACAACGAGGCUGGAGACGAUGCUGGGGGAUGUGGCUGUGGCCGUUCACCCUGAGGACCCGCGGUACACGCACCUCCGGGGCCGUCACGUGGUGCACCCGUUCACGGGGCAGAGGCUGCCGGUGCUGCAUGACCCGUUCGUGGACCCACAGUUCGGCACCGGUGCAGUCAAGGUCACCCCCGGCCAUGACGCCACCGACUUCGAUGUGGGUCAGCGACACCAUCUGCCCUCCCCCUGCAUCCUGGACGAUGAGGGGCGGCUGCAGGACGUGCCCCCCCCCUUCCUGGGCAUGCCGCGGUUCCAGGCCCGCACUGCAGUGAUGGAGGCACUGAAGGAGCGGGGGCUGUUCCGGGGGGUCACUGAGAACCCCAUGGUGGUGCCCAUCUGCAGCCGGUCCCAGGACGUGCUGGAGCCUGUCCUGCGCCCCCAGUGGUUCCUUCGCUGCUCAGCUCUGGCUGCAGCAGCUGCUGCUGUUGUCAGGGGGGGGGAACUGAGGCUGCGGCCGGCGGCUCACACACGGACAUGGCUGCAGUGGAUGGACAACAUCCGGGAUUGGUGCAUCUCUCGCCAGCUCUGGUGGGGCCAUCGCAUCCCUGCUUACUUCAUCACCAUUGAUGACCCCAACAUCCCCCCCGGCAAGGACGGGGAUGGGAAGUUCUGGGUCAGUGGGAGGACUGAGGAAGAGGCUCGAGAGAAGGCAGCAAAACGGUUCCACGUGACCCCAGAGCGCGUGACCCUGCGGCAGGAUGAGGAUGUUCUGGACACCUGGUUCUCCUCUGGCCUCUUCCCCUUCUCCAUCUUCGGGUGGCCGGAACCGACUGAGGAUCUCUCCGUGUUCUAUCCGGGGUCUCUGCUGGAGACAGGACAUGACAUCCUGUUCUUCUGGGUGGCCAGGAUGGUGAUGCUGGGGCUGGCGCUGACAGGGAGGCUGCCGUUCCGGGAGGUUUACCUUCACGCCAUCGUCCGCGAUGCUCAUGGGAGGAAGAUGAGCAAAUCCCUUGGGAAUGUCAUCGACCCCUUGGAUGUCAUCCAUGGGAUCACCCUGCAGGGGCUGCAUGAGCAGCUGGAGAACAGUAACCUGGAGCCUGCGGAGCUGGAGCGAGCAAGGGAGGGGCAGAAACGUGACUUCCCCAAUGGGAUCCCUGAGUGUGGGACGGAUGCUCUGCGCUUUGCUCUGUGUGCAUACACAGCCCAGGGCCGGGACAUCAACCUGGAUGUCUUGCGGGUUCUUGGCUACCGACACUUCUGCAACAAGGUCUGGAAUGGGGCCAGGUUCGUGCUGCAGACCCUGGGGGGCAGCUACCGACCCCCCCCCCGACCUGGGGGCCGGCCGGGGCUGCCUGAGCGCUGGAUCCGGAGCCGCCUCAGUCGCGCUGUGGGGUCUGUGGGGUCGGCCAUGGAGGACUUUGACUUCCCUGGAGCCACAAGUGCCGUGCACAGGUUCUGGGUGUAUGAGCUGUGCGAUGUGUACCUGGAGUGUGUUAAGCCUGUCCUGGCUCGAGCGGCUGCUGCCUCAGGCACCAGGGGCAGGGGGGACCCUGAGGCUGCCCCCAUAGGAGCUGAUGGGGACGCACUGGAUGCAGCAGCAGAUGCAGUGGAUGCAGCUGAUGCAGUGGAUGCAGUGGAUGCACUGGGUGCACUGGAUGCAGCCCUGGCAGUACAGGACACCCUCCACACGUGUCUGGACGUUGGGCUCAGGCUCUUGGCCCCAUUCAUGCCCUUCCUGAGUGAGGAGCUGUGGCAGCGACUGCCCCCCCCGGCCCCCCCCGCGCCCCCCCCAGCCCCCAGCAUCUGUGUCUGCCCCUUCCCCGAGCCCCAGCAGUACUGUUGGCAGGACGAGGAGGCCGAGGCCUCCAUGGAGUUCACCCUCAGCAUCGUACAUGCUCUGCGCAGCCUCCGCAGCACCCAUGGGAUCACCCGCGCCCGCCCCCCAUGUUUCCUGCAGGUCUCAGACCCCUCCUGGGCCUCCCUUGCCGAGAGCUGCACCCCCCACAUCCGGGUCCUGGGGGGGGUGGGGUCCGUGCGCGUGCUGGGGGGCGGGGCCAGCCCGGAGCCCCCCCCCCCGGGCUGUGCCGUGGGCGUGGCCUCCGAGCGCUGUUCCGUCCACCUGCUGCUCAAGGGUCUGGUGGACGCCCCCAAGGAGCUGUCCCGGUUGGGGGGGCGCAGGCAGGAGCUGGUCCGGACCAUAGAGAGGCUGCAGGAGCGCAGGGGGGGGGCAGGGUACAUGGAGAAGGUGCCCCCCCAUGUGCAGGAGGCGGAUGCGGCCAAGUUGGCACAAGCAGAGGCAGAGCUGGAGAAGGUUCUGGAAGCCGAGGAGCUGAUGAGGAAGAUGCUGUGACCCCUCCCCCCCCCCCGU